UUGAGGGAUGCCGAGUUAAGUGGAAACAACAGCGUUAGCGGCUUGAGAGUGAUGCUCAGGGCUGAUGAGGAAACGGUAACCAGGCCGGGAUUCCGAUGCAAUGACGGUCAAUCUCGAACACAGGCGAUGGACGGAACGAAGAUGCUGCCACGAGCUUCGCCGUUAAGAGUGGUUACGAUGAAACGAUUCCAACGUUGCAAGGCUGUUUCUCUCUUGGCCAUCUUUAUCUGCAGCGUUAUCGCCAUCAACAUGUACACAGACGCCGUCGGGUACCAGUUUACCAGACCCAGCUGGCUGUUGACCGGAAACACGACCGGAUGGCAGCAUGUGGGAUCAAACACCAAAGUACGGCAUGUCGUAUUUCUGAAAGUACACAAGGCAGCUAGCACUACUUUGAUGAAUAUUUUUGUCAGAUACGGAUUAAAAAUGAAUCUAACAAUGAUGAUUCCAUUACGGAAGAAUAUUCUAAACGAACAUGGCCACUUCACCGGUAGAAAUGUCCUACCUCCUAUGCGAAACAGAACUUACGACAUGUUGUACAAUCAUGUGAUAUUCAAUAAGACAUUUAUUAAGCCACUCUUUCCGCCAGACACUAAAUAUAUCGCAAUACUGCGGGAACCCUUUGAGCAAACUGUGUCGGCGUUCAUGUAUUAUAAAUAUGUGUACCCAAUGCCUUAUCUCUGGAACAUCGAUGGCGAAAACCCGGUUUCAGAAUACCUAAAGAAUCCCCGGAAGUACGAACCCCUAAACGCAUCAUCAUCUUUCACAAACAACCGGAUGUCAGUUGAUCUCGGUUUCCCUGAUGUGUGGUCUCGCAAUCUCUCACAGGCGCGAGAUUUCAUCAGAGACUUAGGAAACACAUUCCACUUGAUACUUAUUGCUGAAUAUUUUGAUGAAUCCAUUGUCCUCAUGAAACGGUUAUUGAAAUGGGAGUUUAAGGAUAUCUUGUACAUAUCUAGUAAUUCGCUUAAAAAAGGACAUGAUCUCAAAUUUACACCCAAGGACCGUGAGCGACACAGGCUGUGGGCGUGGCUUGAUCACAUGCUAUAUGAUCACUAUUAUCAGCUUUUCUGGGACAAAAUACACGCCGAGGGCAAACAUUUCUUCAGAGAGGUUCAAACAUAUAAGGAGAUUCGCCAUAUGUGGCAGACAUUUUGUUCACAGACUCUGAACCGAACGGACACGUUGAAACUCGAAGCCACGAAAUGGAGCUCAGCCUUUGAGGUCUCAUCACGUGACUGUAACCUAGCAACGACCGCUGAGAUUCCCCUUAUGGAAAAAGUGAGAAUAAAUUACUACAGAAAGUCCAGAGAGCGGGCUAUGUCUUUCCCGGAGAGAAUGUUUGGUGUCAGUCGUUUUAGUAAAAGUAAAUUCCACAAAACACCUAAAACUCACCAUUUGAUAGAGACAAAGAGCGGUCGAUGGAUUAAAGUAAGCAGUUCCUCCUUAACCAAACCUAGAGUGAGACGUGAUAUUGAUCAGGACAAAAUGGCGGCGACGUAAUGAAUUUCAGUGGAAAUAAACGUAUUCUUAUAUU